AUGUUUAAAAUUAGAAAAAGAUCCAAUAAAGACAACCUUAUUUGUCAAAGGCCUGGUUGUAAUAAUAUCUGUAAAAUUGAAAAUAAUGGUAUUGAGGUUAAUUAUUGUAGUAGUUCUUGUCAGGCAAAAAAUUAUUCUAGCGUAGACAAUAAUUCUAUGACAAACGAAAUUCCUCAAAUUUUACAACCCAUUUCUACUUACAACACCGCAAAAAUGAAUAAUAAUAAUAACAGUGGAGGAGGUAGUAGUAGCAGUAGUAAUAGUAUUAAUAAUCAAUUAUUUAGAACAAACUCAUAUCUGAAUAGUUAUCAAGCUCACCCUCCCCCUCCAGUUCCCUCUCUACUUAAAAGUAUUUUUUCAAAACCGCCUUCACCAACAGCAUCGCCACUCAAAAGGCCACCAUUACCUUCAUCUGAUAUUCCAUUAUGGCUAAGUGCACCGGCCGAAAGAUCGUUGACCGAAAGGGAUUCAAUUUACGGUGAUUUUAUUUAUGAUCCAAUCUCGAUUCCUUCUAAUAAUGCUAUUAAGGAUGAUGAUGAUGAUCUAGAAAUAUCAUGCCCAUCUUGUACAUUCUUUAUUCGACCAAAUAAAACAGUAUGUGAAAUGUGUGGUACAAUAGUAUCAAAAAAGAAGGAGGAAAAGAAAACAGCAACAGCAACGUCUCCACCUCCAUUACCAUCAUCAGUUGUCAUAGGUCGAAAUGCAACUUUAUCGGGCUCAAUUGAAUUACAAUGCGGCUCGUGUUCGUUUAUUAAUGAUCCAAAUAGUGGACAAUGUGAAAUGUGCUUUUUACCUUUAAUUAAUAAGAACAAAAAUAGAUUUGAACAUUUAUUUGCAAAUAAGUCACCAAACAACAACAAUGAUAAAAUUCAAUGCUUACAUUGUACAUAUUUAAAUAACUCAUCAUCCUUGACAUGUGAAAUGUGUCAUAAUGAAUUAGUUGGUGGUGGUGAAAGUUCAAGAUCGAUUAAUAAAAGUAAGAAAACAAUUGUAAUUCCUUUGAAAAUGAAUGAUCACGAUUACAUGGUCACACAACAACAUUUCCGUGUUGGAUUACCGGCAGCAAAAAUUUUGACAAUAUUGCGCUUACAAAUGCCAUCCAGAUUAGUUGAAGCACAUGAAAAAUAUAAGAAACAAAUAGCUAAAAAUGGUAAUCGUAAUUUGGAAUCCGUUACUCAUAAAAUGUUUCACGGAACAAGAGUUUGUUGUAAUGUGGUUCGUUAUGGUGGAUUAGCUGUAUGGGAUUUUUGUAAAGCCAAUUGUGGAGUGUGUGGAAUAGCAACGAAUGGGAAUAGUCGUAAAUUUUCUAAACAUCAAGGAAGAAUGUGGUUUGCAAAUUCUUCUGCAAUUUCUCUUGGUUACUGUUCAAAUGAUCCAAUUAAAGCAAUCUUUAUAGUGGAUGUAAUUUCAUUAGUAGGACCUCAAGCAAAUGUAAUUAUUGUUGAUAAAGAAGAGGCAACGCUUGUAAAAUUCUUGGUUCUUUUUCAGUGA